AACGUGUACUAUAUUGCAUCGCGAACUGUCAAAACAAAACCAGCAAAUAAAAAUUUUGUUUGCGUUGUUUAUCUGGCAUCAAGUGGAUGUAAAAUUACAAGUUCUCCACGUAAACGCAAUGAAUUCGGUGAAAGAAAACAUUGCCAAGUACGCCGCCGGCAAUCAGGAGGACAACUUCUGCCGGCUUUGCUUCGUGAAGGCGUUCAAGCUGCGCAGCGUGUUCCCUUACGGGGAUGACCCGAACAGUGAGCUGUUUCGACAGAUCACCAGCUUGGCCCUGGUGAAGUUGAACCCCGCAGAGGAACCGGACUGUUGCGUUUGUUCGCGCUGCGUCGCACUGCUGGAUGAGUUCAGCAAGUGGCAACUGCAAACCGUCGAGUACAACCUGCUGCUGGUUGAGGCCCGCGGCGGAAAAACGAAGGCUCCUCAAAAGGAGGACAUUGAGCUGCUGAUAGAGUUGAAUCAGCCGAAGCUGGAGAAGCAAGAAAGUGAGGAUGAUGUUGAUCCGUUUUUGGCAGCAAUCGAAAGUGAAUCUGGAAGUGAGCAGGACACCAGCAAGCGACCACAGCGACGGUCAGUCCGUCCGGCCAGGUUUUCCUCGGGAGCAUCGCCGCCGAAAAAGCGCACGAAAGGUCGCAAAGCGGCGAAACAAGAAAAAGAUGAAUCGGAGGAAGAGAAAACCAUGAUUGUGGCAACGCCAUUAACAGUUAAGAUUAACAAGGGUCGCAAGGCGACUAAAGUGAUCCCUUCAGAGUCGGAGCCCGAGUUCGAAGAAGAUGCUGUCGAUUCCGAUGCGAGCUUUAAGCCGUCACCUCCGAACCGUAGACGAAGCAACCCUACAGGGACUGCGCUGAACAGAUCCACUUCCGGGAAGCGACGUAAGACAAAAAAAGAUCAGGACGAUUCGUUAGAGCACCGCGGUUCGUUGACCGUCCACAGUGCCACAGACUUCCAGGUGUACAACGCCGGUCACGGCACCGUCAACAUAUCGUUCCGCGGUUUUCGGUACUUCAAGUUCCGCCACUAUCGCAGCCGCAGUGCGGAUGAAGUUCAUUACGGUUGGCAGUGCAUCGAGCAUGAUUGCAGCGCUCAGAUUUACACUCGGAGUGUGAUCAAGGGAAGCAUCUUCUGGAAGAACAGAUUCAUGAAACACAACCACCGAGAGAACUAUGAGAAGCUGGUGGCGGUGAAGAUUGGAAGUAUUGCCGAGGAAGAGCAACGCCUGUACAGUGAGGAUCUUCCCGAGCGGGAAGUGCUGCAAGCGGGCCGUCGCCGACACUGCUACAGCUUGGAGAAGCUGCCUUCCGGAGAGGAGAUCCUGCUGUACGGAGAUCACAAGCACCAUCAGUUGGUGGAGAAGGCCGACGGAACGCGCGUAUUUGGCUGCAUCGUGACGACGUGCCGCGCGAUCGUCUUCUACCCACCGCCGGAAUCGGGCCAAAAGAUCCGGCUGUAUAGCGGCAGCACCAUUUCGCCGGAGGAAUCGUUCGACAUUUCGUACCGCAAAACGCAGCAGGUGAUUCACUACGAGGGCCACUAUUACGUGUACAGCGGCAGGAAGAUUGACGGCAAGUGUCUGCUGUGGCACUGCUAUUUGCGCAAGCAGCAUAACUGUCCCACGUUGAUUUACGUGGCGGACGGUGAUUUGGUGGUGGCGAACCGGCAGCAGGUUAAGUUUGCCCACAGCCACGGAGUUGGGGAGUACAAGCUGGAGGAAGGGCUGACGAUCGUCGAGGGAAGAAAGGGCACGUUGCCGGUGGAGUCGUUUGAGUACGACAUUGGAAGGAAUGCGCUGGGGACGGACUUUAUCCUGUUUGAGGGGUUGCGGUACACGGUGAUGAACACCAAAGUGGACGGAACGAAGGCCUGUCGGUGUUUGGAGGAGCAUUGUGGAGCUUAUGUGUAUUUGACACCCGGUGGGAUGCUGGUCAAGUUUACUAGCGUCAACGAGCACACUCACCUGCUGCCGGACAAGGCGAGACCGCUGGAGGACUUUGAUUACGUGAUUCAGACGAAGGUUGUCGAGCGGCACGCGUCCAUCUUCAAGUGGUACCAAAACUACGAGUACAAACGGCAGUCCCGGCGGGACAACCAGACGAUUUACUAUCGCUGCGUUGAGAACUCAAACGGCUGCAUGGGUACGUUAACGGCAAAUGCGGACUUUAGUUCCGUGCGGGUGAACCCGGAACAGCACAACCAUGGUCCGGUGAAGCCGGAAAAAGAACGCCACCAAGUGAUGCUGGAAGACGACGGAACGACCGACUUCAAGAUGGACCUGAACGGCGACGGCAGCGAAGUGCUCAAGUAUAAAGGUUCCCGCUAUUGUCACUUUUACAACCACAAGUACGGGUGGCGCGUUUGGCGCUGCUUCCAGUCCGCGCGGUGUCGGGCCACGCUGUACCAGAACCGGGCAGACGGGAGGGUCUUUGAUGCGGACCGGUUCGAGCACAGACACGACGGACCAAGGCGGUUCGUCGAUGUGGAUGGCGACGGGGGGACGGCAUCGGCGGUGAAGGAGGAGAAGCGCAGCUACAGCGAUUCCGACAGUCGGGAAAGUGCCGAUUGGUUUUAGAUUGAAAGCUGUACGUUGAGGGGAACCAAUAAAGUUGAUUAAAAACAAAUA